AUGAAAGGAAUGAGGCGAGGGCGACGUCUGUCGUCUACCUUCCGUGAUCUGCAACAAGUUCGAGUCUCGCACCCCCUGCUCGAGUUUGCCUCCCCUGCCGAGUGCCGACCGUCGAGUCAAUCUCCCUCCCACGUCGAGAACACCGCGUCGUCGCCGCGCCUAUUCACCCUCCCCUGCUCGACGAGUUGGACUUCCAUCCCAGAGAUGUACGUCGAGCUCGAGUUCCAUCUUAGACCCAAUGACAAGCAGUCUUAG